GUGCAAACAGCUGAGUGAUUAGUGAAAAAUCGAUCUACAUAUCCCUAAUAAGCGAGUGCGUGUUUAUUCUUCCUCGUUACUUAACGCCGACUUUCAAUUUGUUUUCAUUAAAAUAAUUAUUAAUUAAUAAAAGAAAAUGUUUACAAAUAUAUUGAGAAGGGCCUGCAACAGUGUUGGACAAAUGGUCAUAACACGAGAGGCUCAUGCCUUCAACCGGGACAUACUAAAGACCAAGGUACGUUGCCACUUCCCAAAACCCAGAGAAGUCAAACGUAUCAAUGUACAUGGCUGGGAUGCUCGCAUGGCUACCGAAGGAGGCAGAAGGACCUUGAUGCGUCGCAUAUUAAAGGGCCGUUAUGUGUUGUCACAUUAGAGGAACAAUAAAACACCACAUUUAAAUAAAUAAAA